CGAGGUGAGUCGCCUUCGCUUUCGGCACGGCCUUCGCGUCUCUCUCGACGCUCGCCGCCGCUGCCGCCGCCGCCGCUGCCGCAGCCGCCGCUCGUUCUCAGCGAAUAAGCAAAUAACUCGUUCGCGUAACUCAUUGCCUCCGACUUCCUGUCUGUUCAAUCUUUCGGCGCGGCCGCCGUCGCUGCCGCCGUCGCCGCCACCGACGUCGCUGCCGCCGCCGUCGUCGUCGUCGUCAUCGUAGUCACUUUUCUCUCUCGAAACGAGUACGCCGGCUGCGAGUACCGAGCUACCUCGAGCCGCGACCCGGGACCCAAGUUGUGCGGGAUGACGCGAAAAAAAUGUGUGCCGUAUCAACGUGGCUGAUGAGGCUGAAAUCGAGCCUCUCACGCACCGCAGUAGGUCUUAGAGGAUGCACAAGUUAGCCAAGGGCCUGAAGAAGAAGAAAAAGCCGAAGAAGGGCAAGAAGGGGGCGGAGGAGGAGGAGUUCGAUCCGGAGGAGCUCGAGCGUUAUCGGCGCGAGCGGGCGGAGGCCCAACAGAAAGCCGAGGAGGCCGGUGAAUCGGCUAAAGGUACCGGAUCCGACGAGUGGAAGAAGUUCCAGGCACUGACCGCCGGCGUCGAUUCGGUUUUGAGGAAGACUCAGGAUGAUCUCGAUCGGAUAAAGUCCACCUCGUUCUUCCAGCGAAAGGCGCCGUUGGAAGAGAAGAAGCCGGAGGAAGCGACAAAGGAGGAUACCAAAUCGUCGAAGAGGUGGGUGGGCUUCGACAAAGAGGGUAAUCCAAUCGAGGCCGCGCCGUCGGAAAUCGACGGCCAAGAAACGAGGGAAGAGAAACCGUUGGUCAACGAGGACGGUUUCGUAAACGUACCGGAGGACGAGGAUGAGCAGGAGGACUCCGCCGAAGAGGACAUCUUCGACACCACUUACAUCGACGUUCUCCAGAACAUCGACGUUCAAUUAGCUUACAUACCGGACAGCCCGACCGAGGAGCAGGCCGGCGACGAUCCCUUCGACACCACCAGCGCCGACAAGGUUCUCCGUACAGUCGACAAAAAGGGCAACAAGCUAGUCAGUUUAGGCAAUGCCGUUGAGGUGUUAUCGGGGAGAAUCGAUUAUGUAAGCACCUGCAAGAUCACCAAGGGUAGGAGACCCCGACUUCAGCAAGAUCUAUUGUUAGACGACUUUGACGAGGCGGAACAACAGCCGUCGGCGGAAACCGUUGUAGGGGAGCCGACAGAAGUAGAAAAGACUUUGCUAGAUGACGACAGCGACCUUCCUGACAUUCCCGUCGAUUUGACGAAAUUACCGCCUGUGCUACCAAGGCCAGUCAGCCCCGUUACUCCUAUUCAAGAGAGCGUAGCUUCGAUCACUGAAAAAGCAUCGAAUGGUCCGUUAGAUAUCUCCGAAUUCGAAGUUUUGAAGGAAAAAACGGUCUUAGAAGAGAUUCCCGAUUUAGAUGACGCUGAAUUUGAUCUGAACGCCGUGCCAAAUGAGUCGACUUGUCUCGAGGAGGCCGAAGAUCCGUUCGCAACAAAAGAGCCUGAAACAACCGAUUUUCAGACGGAGAUAAUCGAGGCCAGCUUCGAAGCGGCUACCUUUGUCGACGAGGCCGACCCGUUUGACACUACAUUCGCGGCUAAUAUAUUACCAGGUAAAACAGAAUUAAAAUUCAUCGAGAAGGAACUUGAAGAAUUGCCCGUCUCGGAAGUGUCCAUAUCCCUCACCGAUCCCGCUGGCUUUAACCGAGAUUACGAAACUGGUCUGCUGAAAUUAGACGGUGCACAGAAAGAUGAUCAUGACAGUUUGCUGUCUAAGAGGGAUCUGCUAGGCGGCUCAACCACUGAUCUCAGCCAAUUGGCGGACGAACCAAUCGCGCCCGUCGAGGAAAUUACUUACGUCGAUCCCUUCGAUACGUCCGCGGUGAAAGAGCUUCCACCCGGCAAAACAGAGCUCAAGGUCUUAGAAAAAGAACUGCUCGGUGAGCAGUCUAACAGUUGCGUCGAAGACGACAUCGAUUUUGAUCCGAGGAAAGAUGAGGAGCCAGUAAGGCCUGCAAAACCGCCGCCACCUAGACCAUCCGCGCCUGUUAAAUCCGCGCCGGUUAAACCUGUGUUCGAAGUUAACUUCGAGGAGGACGAGAGAGUCGAGGCGGCACCGACGAAUCUCGAUAGGAAGGCUUCCCGGCCGGAAGUCCUUGAAUUAGCUCCGACCAAGGCCGUCGCGUUCGAACUGCCGACGCCGUCGAAGAGACCCGACCUUCUCGCGACUAGCGAAGAGGAGAAGACACUACCCUCUAAACCGCUGACACCGUAUUACUCCCAGAAGGCUAUAGAAGAGUCGUUGCCGAUAGAGGACGACGAGGUAGAUGUCGAUCCGUUUGACACCAGUUUCGUCAAUAACGUCGCGCCCGGCAAGACCGAGCUCAAGCUCAUCGAGUCGGAAUUGUUGAGGCAGGAGCCCAAAUUACCUCACAGCUUGAGCGAUCACGACUUCGAUCCGAGGUCCGCCGCAGAACCGAUUAGGCGGCAAAGCGAUUUCACAGCUACCUCGGUCGCGCCGAGCAAUCUGAAGCUCGCGCAGUUACAAUCGACGCUGAUACAAAAGGUUGAAGAGGAAGUGAUCGUGAAGCAGGAACCCCACAGGCAGGAGAGCUUACUGGAUGCGGAAGUCGAGGUCGACGCGAAACCUCUGACACCUAGGAUCGAGAGCAAACCUAUCGUGGAAGAGGAGAUCUCCUACGCGGAUCCCUUCGACACGUCUAUCGCGACGAACAUCUUGCCCGGUAAAGCGGAGUUGAAGAUAUUAGAAAGUGAGUUGCAACAAAUUCCUCAACAACCACCACCGCGUCCCAUCGUUUUGCCCACUGUGGUGUCUAUCGCAUCGUCAAUAGUCCCGGAAAUCGACGACUUCGAUCCCAGAGCGGACGAGGUAAGGGAGUCCAAAGACUUUCUGUCUUUGGACGGGCAGGAUCCCGGCGACAAAGUAUUGACACCGCUUCAAAAUAAAGAUCUUACUUUGGACGACGACGUGGAUCCAUUCGAUACCAGCUUCGCGACUAUCGAGCCUGGGCGAACCGAAUUGAAGCUGCUUGAAUCCGAAUUGAUGAAGGUCAAUUCAACCAUGGAUUCCAAGGGUGGAAAUCCUUUCUUGAUGGACGAUUACGGAACGGAGCCGGGGGGUGGCUUGCCUCCGCAGGUCUCCAAUCCCUUCCUCCAAGAUUUCGCCGACGCGGCAGGCGCGGGUGAGAACCCCUUCCUGAAUUUCAGCAGCGACCAAACGUACGAACCGCCACCAAUGUCCGUCGAGUCUACCAAUCCGUUCGCCUCCUUCGGCAUUGAAAGUACCGCUCCGGACGCCGGAUUCGGAGCGACCAUUGACACUAAUAUGCCAGCAACCAACGUCUUCACUAGCCAACCAACCAAUAUCUUCGUCACGUCCGAUAACGCGAGCGUGGAUCUGUUUGGUACGAUGACGACAACGACGACGAUAGCGGCCGAGAAACAACCGGCGACGGUCGUUAGUCCCCCGCAACCGCCGCCGCCGGUGCAACCAUUGGCGGCAACGCCUCCGUCGAGGAACGGAAAGCCGCCGCCGUCGAGGCCACCACCACCGAGGCCGCAACCACCGCCGAUACCGCAUCCACCGGUGCAACCACCUGCCAAAAACACGAAGGAUCUGAUACUGUCGGUUACGGGAGCAAUGGACGCUACAUCAAACCACCUUCUGGAUCGCUUGCAAGCGACCAGAACGCCCAGCCCCACGCUAAUUCACUCCCCGUCACCCACCCCGGAGCACAGCUUCGCCGAUCUUCUGGACGUCGACAGCACCGUGCCGGAUCUGAUUCCGGACGAUAAGAUCGUUGAGUCGCCGAAAAAUCAAGAUAUCAUGGAUCUCUUUGAUGUACCCAACACUGAAGUCACCUCGACCAAUAUCUUCUCUACUUCCAUGACCACCACGGGUACCACCAGUCUCGUCACUGGAGUCUCGAUGACCACCACCAAGGACAAUCCCUUCGCGAGCAUGAGCGAAGAGGCAGUGGUCCCGCAGGCGCAGCCUGCCUUUGGAAUGGAAUAUCCGGAGGAUAUUAUCAGUAGCGAGAAACGGCCUUCGAUGACCUCCGCGACUCCUUUCGCUGUCAUAGAACCAGACGUCGGACAAGCCGGAACUGUUUUGGAUCUCGCGGAACCUGCUCCUGCGGUUCAACCUGUGUCAAUGGCGGCCGCUGAACUCUUCCAAGAAGCAGAGAUUUCCACCGCUGCCGAUGCGAAUUUUUUCUCCAUGGCCGACACAACCACGACAACGCCCUUCGGCAUAGUCGAAACCACGCCCGCACCCUUCGCAACUGCGGCUCAGCCCUUGUUUGCCCCGUCGGAGAUCACGCAGCCCGCCUUCGCCUCGGACUUACUGGGUGAUUUCGGAGAACCGACCAAGGAGGUCAGCAGCGGCCUGAUCUCCACUAGUCCGAUCCCUGGAACAGAGUUUCCCGGGAACGAGGCUUACCGGCCUGAGGAACAUUUGGACAACUUCGCCGCUACGACGAAAGCGAUCCAGGAUACCGGCGACUCAUUCGACGCUUUCGCGUCGAAAUUUGAUAGAGCCGCCGAACCGGAAACCAACGGCGGUGAUCCCUUCCUGGAUGCCUUUGGUGGAGGGCCAACCGCUAUGGAUACUUCCAGCGAUGUUUGGGGAGACUCGUCGGUAGCUGGCUCGGAAACGGCGAUCACCGGUUUUGGAGAAUCCGACGGUUUUGAUUCUUUCUUGAGUAUGACGGCUCCACCACCGGACACGAAAGUGAAAAGAUCUGAAUCUGCAGAGUCGGACGAGGGUCCCGAUUUCAGUGUAUUUAUCAAACCGAAAGAAGGAGAGCAGAUAACAUCAAUCGAAGGCGGACCUGUACCUACGUUAGCGCCGCCGCCGAAAAGUCCGCAGGUCGCCGCGUAUGCGGAUUCCUCGCCGCGUUUUAAUCCCUUCGAUAAAUCCGGAAUCGCCCAGGAUGCUGUGGUAUCCGAAACUGCACAGACAGCCGAAAUGGCUAGAACAGAUUCUCAGGAAACCCCACCUACUCCUUUGUUCGACGAGGACGUCAGCCAACCGCUCGAAGUUUUCCCGCGGAUAACUUACACGGGUGACGGUUGGGAAAUGCAAUUGCGACAGCCGAACAAGAAGAAGAUCACGGGGCAACGUUUCUGGAAGAAGAUCUUCGUCAAGUUGAUUUACCAGAGUGACAAUCCGAUCCUUCAGCUGUUCAAUAAUAAAGACGACGUUAAGGAUCCGUUUCAAGAAUUACCCCUGCUCGCUUGUUACUCGGUGUCGGACAUCGGCGCCCAGCAAUUCGAUCAGUACGGGAAGAUCUUUACGGUGAAGCUGCAAUACAUCUUCUAUAAGGAGAGACCUGGCGUGCGACCCGGUCAGGUCACGAAGGCGGAAAGGCUCACGAACAAACUCAGCCAGUUCGCGGCGUACGCUAUUCAAGGGGACUAUCAAGGCGUCAAAGAGUUUGGGAGUGAUUUGAAAAAAUUGGGUCUUCCUGUUGAACACGCACCUCAGAUCUCUCAGUUAUUCAAACUUGGUUCCCAAUGUUUCGAGGACAUGAAACAAUUUUCCUGCGCUAUCGAGGAAGCUCUCUUCAGGUUAUCGGCGCAUCGCGAUCGGGCUCUAACUUAUAAAAUGGAGGAGGUCCAGGUAACAGUCGUGGAUGAGGUAUAUGUCGAGCAGAAUGCGGAGGGUCACGUGGAUAAGCAGAUCGCGCGUGUUCGUCUUUUCUUCCUGGGUUUCCUUUCUGGUAUGCCCGACAUAGAAUUAGGAAUAAAUGAUAUGUGGCGGCAGGGUAAAGAGGUCGUUGGUAGGCACGAUAUCAUCCCCGUCGUAACGGAGGAAUGGAUUCGUCUGGAGAACGUUGAGUUUCAUUCGUGCGUUCAACAGGACGAGUACGAAAAGUCGCGAAUAAUAAAGUUCAAGCCUCCUGAUGCAUGUUACAUUGAACUGAUGCGGUUUCGCGUAAGACCGCCUAAAAAUAGGGAACUACCGCUUCAGCUAAAAGCUGUUAUGUGCGUUACUGGGAACAAGGUGGAGUUGAGAGCAGACAUUCUCGUGCCUGGUUUUGCAUCCAGAAAACUGGGCCAAAUACCAUGCGAAGACGUGAUGAUUCGCUUCCCUAUACCCGAGUGUUGGAUCUACCUCUUCAGGGUGGAGAAGCACUUCAGGUACGGCUCGGUGAAAUCGGCGCACCGAAGAACGGGAAAGAUCAAGGGUAUCGAGAGAUUUCUGGGCGCCGUCGACACGUUAGAACCGCAGCUGAUGGAAGUAACUUCCGGCCAAGCGAAAUACGAGCAUCAACAUCGCGCCAUCGUAUGGAGGAUGCCCAGGCUGCCGAAAGAGGGGCAAGGCGCGUAUACGACGCAUCAGCUAGUCUGCCGUAUGGCUCUCACCUCCUACGAUCAGAUCCCCGAAAAUCUCUCGGAAUACUGUUACGUGGAGUUCACGAUGCCGGCGACGCAGGUAUCCCACACGACCGCGAGGAGCGUCAGCCUCCAGAACAGCGACAGCGACGCGCCUCCAGAAAAGUACGUCCGAAACUUGUCGCGUCACGAAUACAGAGUGGGGAUUGAGCAUACGCAGGGCGAAGGGCCGGGUGCGUACGUCACGGCGACGAUGGCGAAGAAGAUUCCCGAGAGCACGCCGGAAGUUCAAGAGACGCCUGAAGCGCCGGCCGAAUCCGAUUCCGACUCCUCGGAGUAAACGCGGGCAAUCGGUCUCCAAGUCAACCGGUCGAUCGAUCGUCUCCGCGUUGUAAUAAUUAGUACGUUAUCAAGGGGGUGGGAGAGCAAGAGAGCUAUAAAGGGAACGCGUUACGUAAGUCGACCGUAAGUCGAUCAAGCUACAUAUGGUCAUACUAGUUGUUUAAGCGGUGAACAUAGGUACUAUAUCGUGUACGUGUUACUAGUCUGUAUACAGAGAGAAAAAUUCGCGCGAAUCGACCGCGAGAUGUUUCGUAAGUUCGCUGGUAGUUAUAAUAAACGGUGAUCGUCCUAUUCGCGAAAGUACACUUCGCGCGGUCGCUCACCGGUUCAAGAUUAGCCAAAAACCGAUGGUUAUUAUGAUUAAAGGAAACGGAACCGGAUGAUCAGUAAAGAUUAAAAUUAGUCGAUUUACAAGACAAUACAACUUGACCCUCAAACGCAUCGAUCGCUAAGCGAUCAAGACAGUCAGAGCCAAUAGUCAGUAACUUGCCUGACGCUUCCAGAACGAGAACUGCGAAUGUACAAAUUAAUCUCGGCUUUUUAUCAUACCGGGAUUCUCGCAUCUACUUGAGAUUGUAGAUCGGGAUUAAGUGUUAUAUCACUUUUCUCUCCUCAGCCCAAUUAUCGCUAUGAUCAGUCAUAGCUAUGCAGACUAAAAAAAUAAUUUACCUGACAUCUCCAGAACAAGAAACAAAUAAUUGUCGCGACUUUUUGUCAUCGAAAUCACUCGUAUCUACUUAGAACUCAAUAUUAUCACUCUUCUUUUCGAUUCUCGAGCCAAUCGCUAUGAUUGUCCGCCAAAUAAUCUUACAAGCGAACAAUUUACGAAACAUCUCGUCCGCCAUUCGCACGCAAUCUAGCGGCUAACUGACAAGUAAAUAAUUAAAGGGAAAAUAAUUUGAAAUAUGGAAGGACAAUACCGCUUUUCCGUUUCGUUUAGCUUAUUAAGUCGUAGAGCACUCGCGACGGAAAGCUUUGUGUUCGUGAAGUGCGUUCAUGGCGUUUUAAAGAUUUAUCUCCCUAGGCGAUCGUAAUGAAUUGAAAUUAUUAAUAAGAACAUUCGCGUGCUGUGGCAUUUUUUAAACAGACGGCGCAAUUGUCUGUCCAAAAAUUUACGCAGAAAUUGAAUUAUUUAGUGUCCAAGUUCUUCUCAUUUAUAUCACUGCAGAGAUAUGGCAACUUUUACACAUAGUAAAUAUAUGUUGCAUAUUAUACAUAGAACUGAAAUCACCUAAAUAUUAUAACAUUUUUAAUUAAAUUUAAAAAAAAAACGUUCGUAAUCUAGCAUUGAAUUUUUACGUGUUAUUGAAAAACCAUCCAAAGAGAAAGAUAUAUCGUUAAAUCGUCGUCGUCGUUGCGAUCAGAGAGCAAUGAUCUGUUAGAUAUCGCUACUUUUUAUAGACGCGAGCAUAUCCCAUUGUUUGAGCUUAUAGAUGAUCUAUGCAUACCGUUAUCUAGUCGCUAGUAGGUGCUAAGCUAAAUCAAUUAUCACGAUUAGAGUCCGCGAUUAGAGUCCGUGAGGACUACAAUGAGGUAUCGACAAUUCUAGAAACGGUGCGUGGUGUCUAUUGCGCGUGUGACAUUAAUUCAGUGUGAAUGCGGUAAAAAGUGCGGAUGGAGACUUGCGAGAGUACGUCUAACAAUAAGUCCUUAACAAUACUCGUUAAGCGUUAAUAGUGAUCGCGAAUAAUCUGUAAGUGCUUGUAGCUGAUAGAGCGUUGUAAAGUCCUAGACAUAUAAGUUUCCGUUCUUCGUUAUCGUUUUAUUUUCGUCCUUUUUGGUCGGUACGUUGACGACUAUCGACUUGUGGCAGAAAAGCAGCAUCACCAAAUAUUAGAAUUAAGACUGUAUUAGUGGCAUAUUAAUUAUGCGAGAUUUCGAUCGUAUACACAGAGAGAGAUCUCCAUCAAUUAUAUAGUCCGACAUGUAAUCUCAUAUAGUGUAAUUUAGAAUAAGAUAUUUAAACGAUUAGAUACGUAAGUUUCAGUUGUGUUUUGAAUCUUUCGUUGAUGCAUUCUCAACCUGCGAAAAAGGUCAGAAGAGUUCAUUCUAGUCCCUAGCUAUUAAGACAAUCGUAUGACACGGACGGAGUUUCGCCGUCGAUCAUGCGUUAGCUGGUAAGGUCUAGAUUAAGGACAUAGAUUUUAAGCGUAAGUUCAGUAUCUAGUAUUAACAAAAACCAAUCAAGUCGAUUAAGCGUAGUUAAAUUGUUAAUUGCUACUCUGAUCUAUGACGACGUAAAUUAGUCCUUUAUGAAUGUCUCGUAGAAUCGCACUUUCUGUUUGGAAACUGAUUCGACCGGACCGUUGUCAUUUUGAACAAAUGAAAAGAAUUGUCUAUAAUAUAAUAUGAAAACAUGAGUGUACAAAUCAAUAACAACAUAUUUUUAUCGAACGUUUUUAUUUUAUUUUGCAUCGCAAUUCUUGUGCCAUGGAGUCAAAUUCCAGUGACUUACGUUUGUAACUUGAUAAAUUGAUAUAACUUUAUAAUUAGCAUCCUGAAAUUAACUCUUCAUUUAACAGAUACUUCUUCGCGGAUAUAAAUGUUCGUGCAGCGAGUCGUCAUGGUGCCGAAAGUUUCAAGUGGAUGCGCGCAAGAUGCUCACAAAUCUAAAUCGGGUCUUCGCACUUUGAAACAGCGCAAAGCUUUUCGCGCUACAGUGUCGAGAUUUAUUUGAGUUCGGUAUCUCUAAAACGGGAUUUUGGGCGAGUUCUUCCUCGCGGAAGCUUGCGCCAAGACGUGACGUUUCCAGCUCGUGAUCUCAAAAUAUGCGUAAUCCUACCGUCGUGUGAUCCAGAACGGCGUUUGUGUAUCUAAGCAAAAGAGAAAAAAUAAAUAAUGAAACAAAAAGCAUAAAUACAAUUAAACGUUGCAUGUAUAGAUUUUAGGAAGGGAUAAGUAGUUAAGCGAGAGUAAGUGUAUGGCUCUGGCGUGUUUAUGACUCUGAGAGAAAGAGAGAGAGAGAGAGAGAGAGAGAGAGAAUGCGAAGAGAAGAGAUUAUGUACGCGAUGCGAAUUGGAUUUUGAACAUUUAAUGAAAAAGAGGGUUAAUACUUGUCACAUGUUUGUUACGAUUUUGCCGGUGUUUGCUUCUCUAAUAACUUUUCUGCUUCGAGAAGAAAGAAAAUUAUGAGAGAGGCAAACGCGCAAUUAUGAGAAUGUUAUGAAAAAUCGUCUCUAAAAAAAGUAUUACACUUUGUAAACGACUCAUUGUAUAACGCAAAACUUGUUAAUUUCAUUUACAAUAUUUUAAUACAAUCACGCGCGAUGCGUUAUAAUAAGCCUUGAAAGCUCACCGUAACGAUACGAUAUAUAUAACUCACGUGAUUCGUGAAAUGUGAUGGUACUCCCUAUUUCUGUAAAAAGUAUAGCUUCGAUGUUAGCGUGUAUGCAGCGAAUAAUUGAAAAUAGGCAGGAGAUAAUUAUCACGGUCUCCAUCGCAAUAUAUAUAGAUGUGUCGUGUGUAUAUUGGUCCCUUGAGAAAAAAAAAAGAAUUAUUUAUCUAUUCACUCAAUCCCUUGAGAAGAAAAGCAUUAUUUAUCUCCGUAUAAAUUAAGUAGAAAUCGUAGGCAAUAUAUAUAUAUAUGUAUAUGUAUUAUUAUAUAUAUUAUAUAUAUAUUAUACAUAUAUACAUACAUACAUAUACAUAUAAUUUUAAACCCUGUUGAUCCGACUUGGCGUAAGGGAUAAAUUGUAAAGGAAAUGAUAAGCCGUAGAAUAAUAUAAUAUAACCGUUGUCCCUAUAUCGUAUCGAGAAAUGUUCUGUACAGGUGAAAAAAAGUCUGUAAAGAUAAAGUUUAGUCGCGCUUUUUGUGAAACCGACAUGUAUUAAUAUUUAGGAAAAAUAAAGGCGGAAGUAUAUAGUGACGGGAGACGUGUGUGACGUGUAGAUGAGAGAAUAACGUGUGUUUCUUUGAGAACUGCUUCUUCUCAAUAUGCACGCGAUCGCCCUUAAAUGAGAUCGUCGAAGAGAGCUUAAUUGUGCAAGCUUAAUUGCGCGUUUUUAUCGUACGACUAUAUGUAUUUUGCUAUAACAAACCGAGAGCGAUACGAAGCACUGAAAAUCACAAGUCACACUAUAUAUCAGUUCCGAGUAAAGUAAAUUUACAGUUACUGUAAUGAAGGAAAGUGAAGGCUAAGUGUAUACGGCUAAGUAACGAUGGUCGCAGAAAAUUCUUCCAAUGUACAUUGUCUGUUUGGAUUGUGAAAAGCAAGCUCCUCGCGAUUUAAAUUUUCUCGAAACUAGACUUGACUCCACUUGCAUUUUCAGCUUCAGGUAAAGAGCUCCUCGUAUAUUACCAUCGCGAAAAAGAUUAUACACAGCGCUCUCUAUAUAUAUUUAAAAUGCUGAGCGAGUUUGUAGAUAAUCGAAAUGUCUAGUUUUGGUCAAAUCGCUUUUAAAUAAUUGCCCUUUGUUUGAAGCGCGUUGUUACAAGGAUUCCCACCAAGAAUUCUGUAAGGUUCUAAAUGUGCUCAAAGCAUAGAUUCUUAGCCUAUUGUUAAGAUAUAGUAAGACAGAAAUAUUGAAAUAAAUAAAUAUAUAUAUAUAUAUAUUUACACGCGUUAUUGAUUCAAUAUUAAUGUUGUAAUUACGCUUGUUGCUUGUGAACGUAUACAUACACUGGCGUAUACAUUGGCGGAUGAUAUCAUUUAAGGGUUGAUCGACAUCAGGGUUUAAUCGACACGAGAGCGGAGCGCUGAAACGAAAUGUAUACCACUUUAUUUCGUCGUGGCAGAUAGUGAUGUAUAACAAAACAUGAUCGAAUAAAUAACAUUACGUUACAUAUCGUAUAAUCCAGAGCUUUUUAUAGAUUUACAACACGCGUGUUCCUUCGAAGUUACGCAAAUUAUUAUACGUAAUCGCCGCCGAAAGAAGUAUAUAAUCGCACUCACACCAGCCGUACCGUCGUGUAUCUUGACCAAUUUAAUAUAAAUAUGCGGAGCAUAUAUUCUUUUUAGAUUCGUACGUGAACGGUGACUAUCGCGGUAAGUCCUCCCUCUUUCGCGGAAGCUUCGAAAUAAUUAGGAGGAACAUUGCGUCAAGGCUAAUAACAAGUACACACAAGUAUAUAAGUUAUCAAAAAUAUGAAAGUAUAAUAAACCAAUGUUUACCCGAUUUAAUUUAAGAGUACAGAACUUUCCGGAGCUUGUGAAAAAUUGUCGGCAUUACUUUUGUAUAUGCUUUUAAAUAGAACGGGAAGGCAUACAUAUAUCGCGCAGAAAUAGCAACAAUUAAAUAAUGCGAUUGCGAAGUUAAUCUAAGAAAUAUGCACAUAAUUUAAUUUAAAAUAUUGCCAUCGCUCAGUUACGAAUUUGCUUGGUUAUCGCAGGCGUGAAAAUCUUUUAUUGUAACAACGUAACGUCUGAUCUGCAAUCGCGAUUGGCUAGCUUCUUAGAGUAAUCUCUUUUUACGCAAGAUUCAUAACGUAAUAAAAACAAUAUAUAUAUAUAUAUAUAUUGUUGAUAAUAUAAUGUUAGUCUCCAUAGCGUUAUAGUUUCCGCAGCCUGUAACCCGGAAGUCUUUCUAGAGAGCGAUCGCAACAGCGAGAGAGAAAUGUCAUCAUAAAAAAUACAGCUUCUCCUUACGUGAAUCUUUUGAUUUAAUCAAGAAAAAUAUUUCGCAAUAUUUCUCACGGGACAAGAAUGGGAGUACCUUGAAUGAGAUCGUAUUUCAGAAGAGCAAAUUAGCUAUACGUUUCUCUUGAAUAGGAAUCUUCAAAUUAUACUGAAGGCGAUUAGACAAGAUGCGCGACUUUCUAUUGGGAAAGAUCCGAAGAAAAAUAAGAAAAUAUAUAUAUUAAACGAUUGCACUUUCACUCUGGAGAAUCUGGAUUCGAGCUAACUGCGUAAUUGACAUUAGAUUCGAGCACAUAAAAAUGGGUAGAGGAAUGCGCAUGCACUUUCUGGCAUCGAUAUUGUUCUCGAAGAAGAAAUGCGAGAAAAUGCCGACGGCGAAGGAAAGCUUAACACUUGUUUCGGGAAGCAUUGUUUUAAAGACGAAAAGAUGCGCGUCACAUUACAGUCUAUGUAAAUCUUGCGUUUUGAGCGCGACGUGCGUGCGUUGCCGCGGAUAUUAAUUUUGACGCUCAAGAAAAAAAAAGAAACUAAUUAGUUUCGUAAUGCAGUUAUAUAAUAUUCAUAAUGAUGCCGGUGUAUAACAUGUGUAUAAUUGUACGUGUACACACAUGCCGCGUCGAGCUCAUGAGUCGGUAAAUUAACGCAGAUUAACGGCAGGUGGAUUGUAUAACGUAGAGAGUGCGGACGAAGACUUUUCGUUCCGGUUUCUCGAUCUGUUUCAUCGUCCGAGACGGUAUCGGCCCUUAAAAAAAAAACAAAGGAAGAAAUGGCACCCGAAAUAAUGUAUAAUGUAUGUAACAAUAAUAAUUCCCUGCGAACAAAAGGAGAAAUAUAGAUCCUCGAAUCUCUGAAUAAAUUAUAAAAAAAAAUAUAUAUAUAUAUUAUAUAUAUGAAUGUGCAAUGAUAAAAUAAUGUACCUAAUUACUUUAUGCGUGUAUCUAUAUCACUUCAAUUGUAAUCUAAUCAACUAUAACAAUAUGAUGUAUACAAAAGAUAACAAAACGAACAGCUGAAAUAUCUUAAGAAACUCUUCAUGUAUAAUAACUUACAAGUGUGAGAGAGAAAAGAAGAAAGAGGGAGAGAGAGAGAGAGAGAGAGAAUGCGCGCACAGACCAUUUUUGAAACUAAAAAUGAAGUAAAUGUAGAGAGCACUGUUAGCAAAUGGUACCAGCGAUAAAUUCUAUGUAUCGAUAAAUAAUAUAGCAUUGUUUAAGGGAUGAAAAUUAAGUAGCGUCUCUGAAGUUGUAUCUUCUCUGUAACGUUCUCGAUCUGACAUUCGCGCUGCAGCCUUCCAAUUGCAAUUGUGUUACCUACGUUUGUUUAAUUUCCUUAUAUUAGGGAGCAAGUAGAUGACGCAGAGUUUUGAUGUUACUCAAGUAUCCCCCCCCCCCCUCAGUCGGUGCACUAAUUUUUAAUAAGACGACUAAUAGAUGGACAAGAUGUGGUUGUUAUAAAUUAUGAUAAAAAGAAUGUAAUAAAAGAGAUAUAAAUUACAAUA